AUGUCCCAUUCUAACCAGACUUACAGCCCUUAUGACCUACAGUCUAACACCAACCUUCAAGGAAACUCCCAACUAAUCGAUCCAGAUACCCAAGCGGCCUUACUCAAUCCCUCUCGUCCCACAUUAUCGGCCCUAAUGAGACGUCAUUUGAAUAGUAAUAACGGUAACAUGUCGAGAGCCCAAUCACAACAGGCAGGAAUUACUCUCCCGUCUUUCUCGGAAUUGGUGAAUGAUGCUAUUUCAGGGGGUAAUUUCCAACAAGGAGCUGAAGCAGUUAUUCAUCAAGCACAAGACACUUCAGGCUACCAUACUCAACAAUCAACUGUCCAGGGUAGCUACCCAGAUACGGGAUAUUACGGAGAUGAUAGAAACAGAGCUGAGAACUAUGGUUAUCCAACAACCUCUGUGACAUCCAUAGACUGGCAAGAUCAACAUGCAUCGUCUAGGCAACAUACAGGAGAACAUCACGCUUACACCACCACACCAGGCUACUUACCACCACUCCCAACUAAGCCUACCAGCACCAUGAACGCAACGGACAUAUCACAACUUCAGAUGCUAGGUAGACGUUCACGUCACCCUGGUCCUUCCGAUCCGACCAGAUCUCAAGUCAGUGCGAGUGGCACCUUCCCUCAGACAAAUGUGGAAGGGUAUGGUGCUACUCCAGGUCACUUAUCCCAAGUCACUUAUCCCACCCCUCCAUCUCAACAGCCAUUCGUCCCUGAAGACGUGGACGAUGUAUAUGUUUUUGCUGAUCGGACACGGGAGGAUGACAGGGACAAUGAAGAUGGAGAGGAAGUCUUCGGUCAAGGAUUCCAUACCGGCCACCAUUUCUCACCACGAGAGUCGGUGAAUGAUGAUGGAACUGGAGGGUGUCAAUCGGUCUCCCCUCAACGGACAGGAAUUGAGGGUAUCGCUAUACAAUGGCAUGAAGAUGAUGAAGGAGAUGAUCAUGAUUGGCUACGGCCUUGGGCUUCUUACAAGAGGGAACCGCAUUGA